AAAUGUUCUCAUGUAGUACAUGUUUUUUUCUCCUCAUUUUAUAUAAUAAGCUACAAAGAACAUUCUCUUAUCUUUUUCCAUUCUCAUUCUUCACUCUCAUUUUCUGAUUUUUUUUAGUGUCUUUUGAACUUUGAAGCUUAAGGUUUUUUGAUGUCUGUGCCAGUAGAACAAGGCUAUGGUGGUGGUGAGGUUCCUUUAAUGGAAACCACUGAGAGGAACAUUGGAUUGAACCUCAAAGCUACUGAACUGAGGCUUGGGUUGCCUGGCUCUGAGUCACCGGAGAGAGAAAAUGGUGGGUUGUCCAUGCUCAAGUGUUUGGUGUCUGGAGCUAAAAGGGGUUUCUCUGAUGCUAUAGAUGGAGGUUCUGGGAAAUGGGGUGUGUCUGGAAAUGGUGGAUCUGAUGUGGGGUUGUGUAAAGAUGGAAACUUGUUUUCUCCUAAAGGUAAAGUUUCUGGUGUUGGUGUUGGUGUUGGUGGUGAAUGUAACAAGCAACAGAAUCUUUUUUCUGCUACAGUUGUUAAAGAAACUGUUCCUCAUUCUCCAAAGACCUUGCAUGAGAAUAAACCACAGAUUUCUCCUCCUUCUGCUAAGGCACAGGUUGUAGGAUGGCCACCAAUCCGAUCUUUCAGGAAGAACUCUAUGGUUUCUCCGCCUCAAAAGAAUGAUGGUGAUGCAGAAGCUAAGUCUGAAUGUCUUUAUGUAAAAGUUAGCAUGGAAGGUGCUCCGUACUUGAGGAAAGUGGAUCUGAAUGGUUUUAGCUCUUACAGGGAACUUUCUUCAGCACUCGAAAAGAUGUUCAGUUGUUUUACAAUCAGUCAAUGUGGCUCGUACGGGGUUUCUUGUCAAGAAAAAACUUUAAGUGAGAGUAGAUUGGUGGAUCUUCUACAUGGUUCAGAAUAUGUGCUUACUUAUGAAGACAAAGACGGUGAUUGGAUGCUCGUCGGUGAUGUUCCAUGGGAGAUGUUCACCGAGUCUUGCAAGAGGCUAAGGAUAAUGAAGAGUUCUGAAGCAAUUGGACUAGCACCUCGAGCUAUGGAAAAGUGCAAAAGUCGCAACUAGCGCGAUACAAUGUGCUGGUUUAUACUGAUCCACAAAGAUCGAAGAUCGCAUUUAUUAAGCUUAAAAAUACCUUCUUGUUUGCUUAUGUAUGUAUAAUCCUAAUCCUAUUAUUCUAUAUACAAGAAUUGGAGUGUCAUACUCCUAAACUUUAUAGUAGGCCAAAUAUAUUGAUGACAAUAUAUUAGGCAUUUUGGUGUAGUAGAUGUUUCAAGGUAUCUUAGGUUUGUCAUUAGUAUAUAAAUUUUGUAUUUCUCUGUUAACUUGUUCGCAUACUCUAUUCAAGUUAAUGUAAGUGAGUUUUUUGUUUGUUAUAGAAAAGGUAAGAAACAAAGAACAUCGUGCUUUCUUUUCU